ACCAAGCACCAAACAGAUUGAAGAAGAAGUCUGUGCCUAACCUUACAAAAACAAAAUUAAAAACUGGAGACUGGAGUACCCAUUACCAGAAGGCGAUAUAUCCUAAGUCUGAUCUUUUAUUUUUAUGUAAACAUCUAUUUGAAGUAAAAUAACAAUUAAUAAUGAAACGGUUAUCAGAAGAGAGAACAAAGAUUUUAUUUGAGAAAUUAUCCAAGUAUGUCGGGACAAAUGUAAAACAACUAAUAGAACGUUCAGAUGGUUUAUAUUGCUUCAGAGAACAAAAAGAUAGGGUGUAUUAUGUAUCAGAAAAACUAUUAAAGUUGGCUAAUACUAUUCCUCCUGAUCACAUUGAAUCAGUAGGAACCUGUUUUGGAAAAUUCACAAAGUCUAAUAAAUUUAGACUUCAUGUCACAGCUUUAAACUACUUAGCACCUUAUGCACAGAGUAAAAUUUGGCUGAAACCCUCUGCAGAGCAACAAUUUUUAUAUGGACAUCAUGUGAACAAAUCGGGGUUGGGUAGAAUAAGUGAAAAUACUGAAAAAUAUCAAGGAGUUAUUGUUUAUAGUAUGUCUGAUUUACCAUUAGGAUUUGGAGUAGCUGCUAGAUCAACUGCUGAAUGCAAGCAUGCAGACCCCUUAGCAUCUGUAUGUUUUCACCAGGCUGAUAUAGGAGAAUACAUUAGAGCUGAAGAAGAUUUGUUGUAAAUUCAAUAAGUGUGCAAAUAAAAUGUAAAAAUGUA